GGUCUACUAAUAAUUGAAAUAAGAAACUAUCCAACAUUUAAUUCAAAUAUUAGAAAACAUUACUUUACUCAAAGAAUAAUUGAUAUCUGGAAUAGUCUCUCGCAAGAUGUUAUUUCAUCUCGUAACGUAUUUGACUUUGAGAAAAACUUGGACGAAUUCUGGAAAGAUCUGGAGUUGAAGUUUUGAAAAUAGAUCGGUACAUGGUAGAUCCGCAGCACACUUCUCAGACUGGCCUGGAUACUAUGUACAUUGAUGUUUACCAGCUGACUGUCACAGACAAUGUACAUAAACUCAAAGUUGUAGCAGAUCCAAAAUUAUCAACAGAAAUCCAAAACAGACAGUUGAGAGAAGGCUGUUCUGUACUUUUCACAAAAUGUACAGUGCGUUAUGAUGAGACCAGUUUGUCAGGAAGCAGUAUAGUUGUAUUGCACAGCAUCAACAUGGCAACAAAACCAUGUUUAUCAUUUUUACCAGCAGAUAUGGCCGAUCUUACCUGGUGUCCUGACUGUGGUGCUAAUGAGACCAAGGCUCUGCCCCUCACUUCCUCGCGUGGCUAUUAUCUGGAUCUUUGGUCAAGUAUAGAGAUAACUGGACCACAAUGGAAACUAGCUGGUACAAAUGAAGAGUCUAAAAGUAUUGGAGGAGUUCGAGCACAGGAUAUCUACAAAGUGAAAGAAAUUGCAAAGAAGUGGACAGAUGUUAAAACCAUCAACCCUCACAUGAUUGUUAAGGUUGUAGGUAAAUGUCGGUUACUCCACUACGCUAAGCCAUGCAAGGCAGAGAAGUGGCCUUUCCAGGCCCAUUUUAGUGUUUGUGAUGAGACUGGAGUGUGUAAUAUGGUUUUAUGGAAUGCUCUAUGUACAGAACAUUAUCAAAGGUUGCAGGAAGGCUGUGUGAUAUUGAUUAGGAGAUUCACAGUGAAGAAGAGCUACUACAGCAGUGGUCGGGAGAUCCAGGUACCCAAAAACUUACAGUAUUACGACAUCGACCUCAACAUGAACCCACACCAUCCCCGAAGUGAGAUACAGAUACUGGCUUUGUCGGCUGUACCUAAAAACAUUCGUCUCCCAGAUCUGGAGUAUAACUUUGUCACACGCAAACAGCUAGGAUCCAUUCCAGACAACUACAUCUGUGAUAUUGUGGGCUGUGUGACCUACGUGGGACGUUACGAGCGAGACCUUAUUACAAACAAAGCUGGCCUAGACAGUGGGGGUUUCUGGGUUCGUCGUUGGCUACACCUGAAGGACGCCUCCAGCAAAAAGACAUUCAUAGUACAAAUGUUCAGAGCAGCAGAGUCUUUGAUUGGUCCUGAAGUAAGACCUGGUGUGGUGCUGGUGUGUAGACACAUGAGGGUGAUCAACAACACAUCUUACCUGACUGAGUCUACCUGUCACCGACAGGUGUACCUCACCUCAACCAUUAACACCCAGUUGAGUAUAAAAGGGAGUGAAGAGAGACACUCCAGACAAGAAUCUGCCAUAACGCGUGUACUAGCCUGGUCGCAAUCACGUGAGGGUACAAGGGAAGUAGAACUCUCUAUGGUUGAAGGAUACUUUUCCUACCCUUGUCUCCCCAUAGGACUGGCUGCCCUCCAAGAUAUGUACACUGAUCUCAAGAUUGUUCCUAGUGAUGAUUGGAAGAGAGAAUUGAUAGGGCUUAGUUAUAGACAACACAAACGCCUGUUUGUACAAGCAGUCAUGGUCUCGGCUAAACUGAUCCACUCUCCAACUGUCAGAUGUGCAGCACCAGAAACAUAUAGACGGAAAUCAAGAGGAAAAAAGAUAUCCAAGGCAGAAAAGACACCGCUUUGUGAACAGGAAGUGGUGGUUGUAGACAGAGAGACUCAUGCCCUGACUGACCAGAUGGAGAGUAUUGGGGUAGUGAAGCCACAACAGUUGAUACACACCUUUCCUGUGUCCUACAGCCCAGCUGACCGGUCCAGGCUCAGACAGAAGCUCAUGUUCCCUUCAGGGGAGCUGUCAACAGAGGAGCAACAACACUCAGAUACAACAGGGCACAGUUCAAACACACCGGGAUAUUCCUCAGAUACCACAGAAUACAGAUCAAAUACAGCAGGGCAUUCUUCAAAUACAGCAGGAAAUUCUUCAAAUACAGCAGGGCAUUCUUCAAAUACAGCAGGAAAUUCUUCAAAUACAGCAGGAAAUUCUUCAAAUACAGCAGGGCAUUCUUCAAAUACAGCAGGGCAUUCUUCAAAUACAGCAGGAAAUUCUUCAAAUACAGCAGGGCAUUCUUCAAAUACAGCAGGAAAUUCUUCAAAUACAGCUGGGCAUUCUUCAAAUACAGCAGGGCAUUCUUCAGAAACAGAGAGGCAAUGUCGAGACAAAGAAAUUCCAGAAUGUUUCAUUUUGACUUGGACAGGACUAAAUUCCCAUAUUUUAUUGAACACGAUCUGGAGACCUAUGGCUGACAGAUGUGGAGGUUCCAUGUCAGAAUUAUUGUGUAUGUCGCAUCCUUCCAUCCACUGGCUGUCCUACCCUCCACAGAAGCUACCAGAUCUCCCUACACUACUCCAGUCUGCCACACAGUGUGUAGGACACAGGUACCUACUGGUGGUCGACUGCUACAGACAUUCCCAUGAAGAGAACCAGGAACUGGUAUUAAAGCAUGCUUACAGGGUGUAGCCAAGUCCACAAUCGUUAUUGUUACAUAAAAAUGUAUGUUAAUUAUGUACAAACUUUAAUUAUAAUUUAUUUCAUACUUUAAAUGCUAUUGUGUAUUUUAUAUGAAUUUUCUUCUUAUUCAGUCACCAAUUCAAAUUGUAAAAAGAGAAACAAUAGCACAGUACUUCUCUUUUUAGCAUUUUUCAAGAUUUUUCUGCCAAAUGAAAAGUUUACAGGGUAUGCCAGAAUCAAACUUCCCUGUGUCGGGACACGUUUGUCUUCAGACUGUUUUAGCUACCCUUAUCAAAGCUAAUUUGGGUGAGAAGGAUCCCCUUUAAUUUUGUAUUCAAAAGGCUAUGGUUAAUGUCACAGUGAUUUGUUGAGUAAAAACAUAGUGUAUUUGACCUAUUUGGGGUCAAAAAGUCAACAACCAAUGUCAUGUUAAACUGUUUUCUAGCUAGAUCAACCCCCAGAGGAUCUCUGGAAGAUCUUCAACAGUUCUCAGCAAGUUUAAUCUUUUAUCAGUUGGAUUAUCUUUGUAGUCAUUUCAGCAGUGAAAGCAUUAUGUAAUAACUUUUGAUCAAAAGUUCAAAAUUCUUAGGUAUGAGAAAGAUCCCCUACAUUCUGAAAAUUAGAGAGAAGAAACUUUAACAGUCAAAAUCUAAGUUGGCCACCUAACAGCCAUCUUAAUGUUUUUUAUCAGUCUCAAAAUAAACAAGCACAGCUAGGGACCGAUGAAAAACAACAUGUGAAAUUUGAGAAACUUGCUUCUUUAGAAAUAGUGAUGAUAAUGUUUUUAAGGAUGAAUGAUUAACUAUAUGAUGGUGAUGGGGGAAAAAAAAAUUGGUUAACGAUACCUUGAACUAACAACACUUGAUAUCUUGGCAUCAUAAAAAUGAAAAUGCUAUAUAUAUACAAAAAUUGCUGUUAAUUUUAGCUAACAAUUUUCAGUCCAUUGUGACCAGCAACAAAAAUGUGAACAUUUUGGCCUAUAAGAAUCAUACAAUUUUCAACAAGAUUUUUGAGAAAUGUAGUGUGGGUGUGAUAGGAAUCAUAAUUACGAGGAUUUAUAUAUUAUGAAAAAAGGGUAUAUAGUGUUACUUGUUACCAAAGUUAUAGCCCUCUGCAACUCUUUUCACUUUCACCACCAUAGACUGUUCACCACCAACAUGUCCAUGGAGGAUAUCACAUAUGGAGACUUGGAAGUGAUUUACUCUAGAAAUAAACUAGUAUCAAUUGCUGUCUAGAUGAACAGUAGAUAACACUUCUACAGAAGAAGCUCUACUCCUGGAUCGAUGUUGUAACUUUUAUCUAGAGCCCCUGCAUCUCUAGUGGAUCCGCCGAAGGGAUACCCGAGUCCAACACCGGACCACCUCCCGUCACCGAACAUGAAUGAAUCAACUAACAAAGAUUUCUCGUUCCAAUUACCUAACGAUAACCACCAGAUCAUUCCAGUAAUCAAGAGCCAAAAAGGAGGAGAGAAGAUACUGUCACAGAGAACAAAACCUUACCAGCCUCCAUAAUACCACACUUUAAAGCUGCACGGAAAAAAUAUCAGAAUUUGCGGACUACCACCUCAAACCCUUAGUUGUUAACACUGAGUCAUAUUUGAAGGAUAGCACCGAUUUCCUUCGGAAAAUAAAACAAAUGGGUAAAAUACCGACCAAUAGCAUAUUAUGUACAGCGGACGUGUCUGCUCUAUACACAUCUAUUCCACACACAGAAGGUAUUAGGGCCGCCAAGUUGGCAUUAGAUAAGAGAGGUCAAGAUGCGAAACCCAGCACGUGGAUCGUUCUCAGGAUGAUCGCACUUAUAUUAACGAACAACUGUUUUAGGUUCAACAGAGACUAUUAUUUACAGAAGCUAGGCACCGCCAUGGGCACGAAAAUGGCACCAAAUUAUGCAAUUAUUUUCAUGGACUACAUAGAAACCAGAUUUUUAUCUACACAAGCAAAAAUACCAUUGGUCUGGUUGAGAUAUAUAGAUGAUAUUUUCUUUAUAUGGACACAUACAAGAGAGGAACUCACCUCCUUCUGUGAAGCCAUGAACUCUUACCACCCAACGAUCAAGUUUACCUUCGAUAUCAGCAACACGGAGGCUAACUUCCUAGAUACAACCAUCUACUUACUACCGGACGGCAGUCUCGGCUGUAAGGUGUAUAGUAAAGCGACUAACGCGUUUCUAUAUCUACACUACCAAAGUUACCAAAAAAUAGCAUCCCGUAUUCGCAAGCAUUACGCAUUAAAAAAUUAUCAGAGAGUGAAUACACGGCAUCCACGCCAAACACAUCAGAAGGUGACUACGCAAUAAGAGACUACAAGACUUUGGGAUAUACGUCUCUAUCCACAUCCACUGUUUGUCAGGAUGAACUUGAACAUUAUAAUUCAGUUUAAUAAUAUUUAGGGAUAAAAGAAACUUGUACUUAUGUCUAACUAUAUAUAUACACACAUUUAUACACACAUAUAUAUUUAAAAUAGUCAAUGAAUUGUAUGUACAUUGAUAGUAUUUCAGGUAUUGAUACUAUAGACUAGAAUGCUCAUCUACUAAUAAUAACCGUGAUGGAACUUUCUAGAACGUUAUAAAUAGAUAAAAUCACGUGACGUUACCUGUAUUACGUCACUAUACACAAUAUAAAUGUGCCCAGAAUUUUAGUACUUCAGGGCACAUAUUUUGUUAUUAAAUCGUCCUGAAGAAGCCCACUGUUCGGGCGAUACCGGUAGACAUACCUAAUAAAGAAGAUUCAACUUAUCCUGAGCUUGUUGCGAUCGACUCCUACGCUUAUUCUACAGAAGAUGAUGCAUCACCUGUUCGAAUAGAGCUUUACUAUGGUUGAUAUAUAUUGUGCCAGACAUUAUUGUCUGCACUUCAUUAACAAAAUGCCCAGAGGGCCUGUUUCACUCUUGGUCUCUCUGGUCCAAAGGAUGCGUCACAGCAAAUCUGGUUGAAGGCAAAAUCUAAGGACCCUUUGCCUUCAUUCUGUACAUACAAUUUGAAAAUGCCAUUUUUGAAUUUUUUGGUUCAAGUAUCAUUGAAAUAAUUUACCACACCCUCCUAAAUUGAAUUUGGCAUCCUUAUGACAUGUGCAUCCCUUCAUCUUAAAUAUAUUUUACCAGUAUAUGUGAACUUAACAUCUAAAUUUUGUCGAAGUUUCAUUCAUUUCACCAAUAAAUCAUGGGCAUAUAAUGCUCUGCGAUAUGGUUUAAUUUCUUCUAAUACAAUUUUCUCAAUCGUUAUUUUAAGUUUCUGU